AUGAGGGAAAUCGUCCACAUUCAGGCCGGGCAAUGCGGAAAUCAGAUCGGAGCGAAGUUCUGGGAAGUGAUUUCCGAUGAGCAUGGCAUCGACUCCACGGGUGCCUACAAUGGAGACUCUGAUCUACAACUCGAGCGCAUCAACGUGUACUACAACGAGGCUUCAGGUGGCAAAUACGUGCCACGCGCUGUCCUCGUCGAUCUCGAGCCCGGCACCAUGGACUCUGUGCGCUCCGGGCCCUUUGGCCAAAUAUUUCGCCCUGAUAACUUUGUCUUCGGACAAUCGGGAGCAGGAAAUAACUGGGCUAAGGGCCACUACACUGAGGGCGCUGAACUAGUAGACUCAGUCCUUGAUGUCGUUAGAAAAGAAGCUGAGGGAUGCGACUGCUUACAAGGUUUCCAGCUUACACAUUCUCUUGGAGGUGGUACUGGCUCUGGAAUGGGCACCUUGCUCAUUUCCAAAAUAAGGGAAGAAUAUCCCGACAGGAUUAUGAAUACCUUCUCUGUAGUCCCGAGUCCAAAAGUAUCGGAUACGGUGGUAGAACCCUACAACGCUACUCUGUCGGUCCAUCAAUUAGUCGAGAAUACUGACGAGACCUACUGCAUCGACAACGAAGCUUUGUACGACAUCUGCUUCCGAACUUUGAAGCUGACUACCCCAACAUACGGAGAUUUGAACCACCUGGUCUCGGCAACUAUGUCGGGUGUCACGACGUGUCUCAGGUUCCCUGGGCAACUGAAUGCAGAUCUAAGGAAGUUAGCUGUAAACAUGGUACCAUUUCCUAGACUGCAUUUCUUUAUGCCUGGCUUUGCUCCACUCACAUCUCGAGGAAGCCAGCAAUACCGCGCCCUCACUGUACCCGAGCUCACCCAACAAAUGUUUGACGCGAAGAACAUGAUGGCGGCGUGUGAUCCUCGCCAUGGGAGAUACCUCACCGUUGCCGCAGUGUUCCGCGGUCGCAUGUCCAUGAAGGAAGUGGACGAACAGAUGCUCAACAUCCAGAACAAGAACAGCAUUUACUUCGUAGAAUGGAUUCCAAAUAAUGUCAAGACUGCCGUCUGCGAUAUACCUCCGCGAGGUUUGAAAAUGUCUGCUACGUUCAUCGGUAAUACGACAGCUAUACAGGAACUGUUUAAGAGAAUUUCUGAGCAGUUCACUGCCAUGUUUAGAAGGAAAGCCUUCUUACAUUGGUACACCGGUGAAGGUAUGGAUGAGAUGGAAUUCACGGAGGCGGAGAGCAACAUGAACGACCUGGUGUCGGAAUACCAGCAGUACCAGGAAGCGACGGUAGACGACGAAGGAGAAUUCGACGAGGAAGUGGAGGAAGAAUAA